UGAAAAGUCCACCGCACCCCUCGAAACAGCAAAAUCGCGGCCAUCGAGUGGCAACCAGGGAUGGGUUCCCUCCCAGACCGGUCCCGGGCGCCAUGGCCGCGUCUGCACGCACGCACUCCCACUAAUCCUUUCUUUCUUUGGACGCUUGCGCCACUAGCUCUUCCUCCCCAUGGCCAUGGGGACUGGGGACGGGGCGGGGGGUCGAUAAAAACACUUACUAGUACCGCUGGUCCUUGCUAGGAGGGUGCGAAAGCGAAGCCCCACGCCCAUGCCGCGCGCAGAUUGUUGUCGAGCUCGCGGUCCUCCUUCGCUCCUCGCCACAGCCCGCGAUUCGGUUGGUGCCCCGUGCCCUCCCUCGCACUGACUAGCUCUUGGACUCUUGCGCCACCUGCUCCCCGUCCUCAUCUCUCAAUCCUGUCGCCUCCCCGUCCAUCCCUUGCCGCCAUCAAGAUCCAGCCUUUGUUUCCCCUUUGAUCUCCACUCGCUGCAACUUGCCAGCUACCUCACCGGCGGUUUAUUAGUGCAUACGUCCUGCUCGACGUAAUGCCCGUGAGCGACCGGUGAGCUAGCUUUUCUUGGGCCGGGUCAUGGUGGAUUGAUUGAGCGUCCACCACGAUGGGCGGGUCGGAGAGGACCGUUGUGUGGUUCAGGAGGGACCUCAGGAUCGACGACAACCCGGCUUUGGCCGCCGCCGCCAGGGACGGCGCUGUGCUCCCUGUCUUCAUAUGGUGCCCGGCCGAGGAGGGGCGCUUCUACCCCGGCCGCUGCUCCCGGUGGUGGCUCAAGGAGUCGCUUGCCCACCUUGCCAGGUCGCUGGAGGCGCUCGGCUGCCCGCUCGUGCUGAUCCGAGCUCAGAGUACUCUUGCCGCGCUUCUGCAGUGCGUCGAUUCCAUCGGCGCCACCAGAGUGGUCUAUAAUCAUCUAUACGACCCUAUUUCACUUGUGCGGGAUGACAAAAUCAAGAAUGAGCUUUUGGGCCUUGGAAUUUCUAUGCAGAGUUUCAAUGGUGAUCUGCUAUAUGAGCCAUGGCAAGUUUAUGAUGAGAAUGGGCUUGCAUUUACAACGUUCAAUAUGUAUUGGGAAAAGUGCAUGAAAUUGCAUAUCGAGAUAUCAUCAUCUCUUGCCCCUUGGAGGUUGGUGCCUGUCUCAGGUAUAGAAAACAUUUGCAGUAGUUCAAUUGAUGACCUAGGUCUUGAAUCAAGUAAGGAUGAGGAAUCAAGCAAUGCUUUGCUAAGCAGGGCUUGGUCUCCUGGCUGGCGCAAUGCGGAGAAGACACUUGAGGAUUUCGUGUCUCAUGGUCUCCUAGAUUAUUCAAAAGACGGAAUGAAGGUUGCAGGAACUACAACAUCGUUACUGUCACCAUAUCUUCAUUAUGGUGAGGUGAGUGUAAGGAAAGUCUAUCAACUUGUCAGGAUGCAACAGAUCAAGUGGGAAAAUGAGGGGAAAUCCGGAGCUGGGGAGAGUGUUAACUUGUUCCUGCUGUCAAUUGGUCUUCGAGAAUAUUCACGUUACUUGUGUUUCAACUUCCCAUUCACACAUGAAAGGUCGUUGCUCGGGAACUUGAAACACUACCCCUGGCGAGCAGACGAGGACCGGUUCAAGUCCUGGAGGCAGGGAAUGACAGGAUACCCGUUAGUAGAUGCUGGCAUGCGGGAGCUUUGGGCUACUGGCUGGACACAUAAUCGUAUAAGAGUAAUAGUUUCAAGCUUUGCUGUGAAAUUUCUACUAAUUCCGUGGACUUGGGGGAUGAAGUACUUUUGGGAUGUGCUGUUGGAUGCUGAUAUAGAAAGUGAUAUUCUUGGCUGGCAGUACAUAACUGGGUGUUUGCCUGAUGGACAUGAGCUUGGUCGUCUUGAUAAUCCAGAGGUUCAAGGUCAAAAGUAUGACCCAGAUGGUGAAUACGUAAGAACUUGGAUUCCAGAGCUAGCUAGAAUGCCAGGGGAAUGGAUCCAUCAUCCGUGGGAUGCACCGAGCUCUAUACUAGAAGUUGCUGGUGUUGAGCUAGGCUUUAACUAUCCUAUGCCCAUAGUAGAACUUCACACGGCUCGGGAGUGCUUAGAUGAUGCCAUCUCCACAAUGUGGCAAUUGGAUACAGCCGAAAAACUUGCAGAAUUAGAUGGUGAGGUUGUUGAAGACAAUUUGAGCCAUAUUAAGAGUUUUGAUGUCCCAAAAGUUGUUUUGAAGGAACUAUCUCCAGGUGCUCCUCACUGUGAUCAAAAAGUGCCCACUGAUGAUGGCAGGAAUCUUGAGUUACAACCUAAGGAACUGAAGGGCACAAAUAAACAGACCAUUUGUGUUGAUGUGAUCAAGGCCUCAAAUAUGGAAGACACAGGCUCCAUAGCAAACUCUCCGAUAUCAAGGAAAAGAUCCAGCAGCGGGAGUGUGUUUAAUGUCCCAUCUUGUUCAUCUUCAGUCGAAGUGCACUCACGGAAUCAGCAUCCUGGUGGUUAUUUAGUUGGGUCGUCAAAAUAUAUCCUGCAGAAAGCAGAGAGGAACUGGGUUGGUAAGGCUGAAGAUGAUGACAGUGCCGAUAGCUGUACAGACACCUCAAGAGCAUCCAAGAGACCUGCCGCCUGACAAGGGUGAUUGUGAAGACUGUAGGGCUGAACUAUGGAGUGGACAAGGGCAACACUCAGAUCUUCCUGCAUCCCAUUCUCAUCAGAAAAAAAAUUGUACAUUUUGUUAUCUGGUUAUUUUUGUCAAAUCUGUUAUAUGUAACCUAUAAUUAAUUGCAACACUUGCACAAAACGGUUUCGUUCUUGGGGGAAAGAGUUGUUUACUUACUUAUUCUUUUCUGCGAUGGGAGCAAAAGUUUCA